AUGGCAUCCACCACCAACUACCAAGCGCCCGACGAAGCGUUCUUCACUCGAGCCGAUAAUGUUGUUCUUGAGGUUCUGUACCGGGACAUCAACAAUUUCGAAGACAAAGAUAUAGGUUCGACUAAACUGGAAAAUGCCGCUUCUGAUGACUCCGCGCUGGAGGUACUGAGCAGCAUCAACGAUCCAAAACAUCCGAAUUUCCAACCUACAAUCUUCUCGUCUUGGGACCACAAUCUCAGCGAUUUUCAAAGCCCAAGAGGCAUUCGAGAUCUGUUCAUGAAAGAAUACGUAAAAUGGGCUAGAACGAUUGUCAGGCAUCAAACUGAUGUGGUCUUUCUCUCGCACAUAAUAGUGUAUUUUACCACCGCCCUGCCAAGUGCAUUGUAUCUGUACUAUAACUUCAACAUCUUCCAUGGAUUUGCUCACAUACUUUACAUUGUGUGGUGCUCAGGCGCUUUCACUCUCAUGAUGCAUAAUCACAUCCACAACAACGGAGUACUGGCCAAAAAAUACGCGGCUUUCGACUGGACCUUUCCUUACAUUCUGGAACCGCUCAUGGGCCAUACCUGGGACUCAUACUACUAUCACCACGUCAAGGCUCAUCACGUCGAAGGAAAUGGACCAGAUGAUCUAUCAACCACGAUUCGAUACCAACGAGACUCAAUUCUUGCGUUUUUACACUAUGAAGCACGAUUCAUGUUUCUCUGCUGGUUCGACCUUCCAAUGUACUUUAUUUCAAAGAACAAGUAUAACUUGGCAUUUCGAGUCGCUUGUACAGAGCUAGGCUCAUACACUGCGAUGUAUUUCCUUGCACGAUGGAACUUCAAACCGACUCUCUUUGCGCUGCUUCUACCAUUCUUCAUUCUUCGGCUGGGAUUGAUGAUUGGUAAUUGGGGUCAACAUGCGCUCGUGGAUGAUGUAGACCCAAACUCUGACUUCCGAUCCAGUAUCACGUUGAUUGAUGUACCUUCCAACCGAUUUUGCUUCAAUGACGGCUACCACACCUCGCAUCAUCUCAACCCACUUCGUCACUGGAGAGAUCACCCAAACGCUUUCUUGUCAGCAAAAGAACGUUACAUGAAUGAAGGUGCAUUAGUAUUUCAGAACAUCGAUUACCUGGAGAUUACCUACCGAGUUCUCACCAAGAAUUACAUGCAUCUGGCGAAGAAACUCGUGCCAAUGGGUUCGCAGAUAGGCAUGUCUCAACAAGAGUUAGCUGACAUGUUACGAUUGAAGACACGAAAGUUUAGCGAAAAGGAGAUUGCUGCUAAAUUUAAGAAGUAG